CCGGAAGUAGGUAAGAAUGCGGAAGCGCAGCUGCAACCUGUGAGCAGAGUUUACCGCGCUGGAUAUUAAAACACAUUCAUUGUUGUUUAGUAGAAGUUGUAAAAGUUUAAUACUGUUGGCUGAAUAAAAGGACAGAGUGUGCAGUUGCUCGUCCGUAUCUCCAGAUAGCGUGUGCUAUGUGGGCAGCAGACAGGCCGAGAGACAAAAUGCCCUGAUGGAGAACAUCCGACCACGACUGAAAUUUGGGAAUAAAGUUGAAGAUGUGAAACUGAGGAAACGAAAAUCCCAACUGUACUCAAAGGAAGAGGACUCUCCUCUCAACAACGGUGUGCUGAGGACCAGAGUUGUUGUGUUUUCUGUUGCAUUCAGACUCAUCAACUGCUUCCUGGUUCAGACCAGCUUCGUCCCCGAUGAGUACUGGCAGUCUCUGGAGGUCUCCCAUCGUAUGGUCUUCAAUUAUGGGUAUCUGACCUGGGAAUGGAAGGAGGGAAUAAGAGGAUUUUCCUAUCCACUCUUCUUUGCAUUUGUGUACAAGAUACUGCACUUCAUAAACUACGACUCAGUCUAUCUCCUAAUAUGGCUCCCUCGAAUAAUUCAAGCGCUGCUGGCUGCGUUUGCAGAUGUGAAAUUCUUUUUCCUCAUCCGCACAUUGGAAAGUCGUGAUGUUGCAACAUGGACGUUCUUCUGUCAUCUGUGCUCGUGGUUCUCGUGGUACUGCUGCACCAGGACUCUGACCAACAGCAUGGAGACCACCCUCACCUCUUUGGCUCUUUUUUAUUUCCCCCUCCCUGGGUCCAAAACACACAGCAGCAAAACGUAUUUGACCCUGGUUGCCUUGGCGGUCGUUGUCCGACCGACAGCUCUGAUUGUUUGGGUUCCUCUGCUGACGUACCAUUUCUGGAAGGAAGAUAACAAACUGAGACUCAUCACUCAUAACUUCCUUCCUAUCGGAGCCGUGGCUGUUGUGAUUUCCACACUGAUCGACUGUAUCUUCUAUGAGGAGUGGACCAUGGUCCAGUUUAACUUCCUGAAGUUUAACAUCUUCUACGGUGUGGCUGAUUUCUACGGCUCUCAUCCCUGGCACUGGUACUUCACUCAGGGUUUUGCUGUCGUGAUCGGUCCUCAUCUUCCUCUCUUUCUUCACGGGUGCACCCUCGCCUUUAAAAGAUACAAGAUUCUGUUGGCAGCAGUCGUCUGGACACUCGUGGUUUACAGUUUGCUCCCUCACAAGGAGUUCAGAUUCAUCUAUCCGGUGCUGCCAUUCUGUAUGAUCUUUUCUGGGAUAUCUUUGGCUAAUUUAAAAGCGUGGCGCCGAGCUGCUGCGUCCGUCUUGUUAGUGAGUAACCUGGUUGCAGCUCUGUACACCGGCCUGAUCCACCAGCGAGGCACUCUGGACGUCAUGAGUCAUCUCCAGACACUUUGUAACAUCAGCAGCGUCUCCACGCCACCAGACGUACUCUUCCUCAUGCCCUGCCACUCAACGCCUUUUUACAGCCACGUCCACUGCCCGAUGAAGAUGAGGUUUCUUGAGUGUCCUCCAGAUCUCGGAGAGGAAGGUUACGUCGAAGAAGCCGACAGAUUCUACGCCAAACCUGUCCCCUGGCUCAGGACUUCAUUUCCAUACAAAUCUUCUCUACCAACCCAUCUGGUUUUGUUUGAUGUUUUGGAGAAGGAAAUCUCCGUGUUUUUGCAAGGGAACAACUUUGUGAGGACAGCAGAGAUAUUUCAUACUCAUUUUCCUGAGGGAAGAGUUGGAGGAAGCAUCUUUAUUUAUGAAAGGCACUGACACACUGGAACAAUGGCAAUUUGUUUUCCUUAAUCGUGAUGUCAUAUAUGAUCUACUACUGAAAUAAACAUUGAAAACACAAA